AUGAGGAAUCAAUUCGGCUUGAAGCCAAAAGAGCCGACAUUCAUGUACCGUAAGCCUUAUCCUGAGGCUUAUGAUCAGAUUGCUUUACCAUCUCGAUACAGAGUGUCGUAUUUUACUAAGUUCUCUGGACAGGACAAUAUGACUACCGUAGAACACAUCAGUUGGUUCCUGAUCCAGUGUGGGGACGCGUCUGCAGUUGAUGCUCUGAGGAUUCGACUGUUCCCGUUAUCUCUCUCUGGUUCGACCUUUGCGUGGUUUACUUCAUUACCACCAAACUCCAUCAUCACAUGGGUCGAUUUGGACAAGCCGUUCUACAAGUACUUUUUCGCAAGAGUACAUGAGAUUAAGAUUACCGACCUGACGGCAAUCAAGCAAAGGAAUGAUGAACCUGUCACCAAUUAUAUUCAGAGAUUUAGAGACAUCAGGAGCAGAUGCUUCAGCCUAUCUCUCAGUGACAGCCAGUUAGCUAAAUUGGCUUUUCAGGGAUUGCUGCCUCACAUCAAAGAGCAGUUCUUCUCUCAUGAAUUUGUGUGUCUGAGUCAUCUCGCUCAGAGGCUGGCAUGUGUUGACGUCCGAACCCCAAUCCAAACACGGCCCACGUUUCAGAGAAAAGGCAACUUCGUAGGUGAUUCCUCUGAUUCCAAAAAUGAAGAAGAGAUUGGCCUGGCUGAGUGGACCAAGAAAAAAGAGCUAGUUUCGUGCCCAUUUGCAAGAAAGAAAAAGGAGAAGUUCGGGUUCGACGUCACAAUGGCCGACCGGAUCUUUGAUCUAUUACUACAAGAGGGACAGAUCAAACUAUUCGCAAAUCAUACGAUUUCGUCGGCCGCUGAAUUGAGAAAUCACAAGUACUACAAGUGGCGCAACACCGUUUCCCAUAGUACUAGCGAGUGCAGAGUAUUCUGCAGGGAGAUCCAGUCGACAAUUGAAGCAGGAAAGAUCAAGUUCGACGCGCCAGAAAAGCCGAUGAAGAUCGAUGGACAUCCCUUCCCUACCAACAUGGUACAGGUGGUGGAUCAUGAUGCUAGCAUGGGGCCAAAGCUGCUAACUUCUGAAAGAGCCGAGCGUUCGGGAGUCGUGGGCCCCAAGGCGCGAGUAUCAGCCAGCCAACUCGGGGGGGGCAGGGCCGAUAUGAGUAUGUGGAAGAGACAAGGAAGCCUCGCCGACGCGUGA